AUGAAAGAUGAGAUAGCUCCUAAUGAAUAUUUUAGAAAUUUAUGGGAAAAUUUAUUAAAGUCUGAGCAGAAUAAUAUAUGUAGUUUAAUCGAAUCACUUGAUAAUAAAAAGUUUCAAGAAGAAGUAUGGUAUAGGAAGUCUGGGAAGAAUAAAAAUUUGGGUGGUGGUAUAACAAGAAUUUUAGAAGAUGGGAAUAUAUUUGAAAAAUGUGCUGUGAAUUAUUCAUGUAUAUUUGGAGCUAUAGAUAAGGAAUCAGCUAAACAAAUGUGUGUAAAUCAUUAUAAUAAAGAAUUUAUUAAUACAACAAGGAUUUGUCAUUCUGAUGAUAUCAAUAUAUUAAUUUCACGUGUUUUAAAUUCUCAUAAUAUACGAAUUAUUAACGAAAAAUAUAAAUUUUAUGCAUCAGGUAUUUCUAUUAUAGCUCAUCCAGUUAAUCCAAAUGUACCUACUGUUCAUAUGAAUUUUCGAUUUUUUCAAAUAUUUAUAAAAACAGGAAAAAAGAAGAAAAAAUAUAAUAACCUUAAUAAUAACAAUUUAAAUAAUAAUUUUGUAAAAAAUAAAAUAGAUAAUAAUUAUAAAAGUAUUAAACAUUGGUUUGGUGGUGGAUGUGAUUUAAGCCCAUGUUAUAUUUUUCCAGAUUUAUUUACUGAAUUUCAUAAUUCUUUUAAACUAGUUUGUGAUAAAUAUAAUCAUUUAUUUUAUAGACAUUUUAAAAUAUGGUGUGAUUUAUAUUUUCGAAUUAAACAUCGGAAUAUUAAUAGAGGGAUUGGCGGGAUUUUUUUUGAUAAUUUGUUGAAUAAUAUUAUAAAAAAUAAAAAAGUUAUAAGGAGUGGUAAAUUAAAAGAUAUAAAUAAAAAAAAUGGUAAUGACACAACCAUCAACAACAACAACAAUAAUAAUAAUAAUAAUAAUAAUAAAGAUUGUAAAUGCUAUAGUUGUAAUAAUAUUAUGGAUAAAAGUUAUCGUAUGAUAUAUUUUUUUAUACAAGAAUGUAUUAUAAAUUUUAGAAAAUCAUAUCUACAUAUUCUACUUGAAACUGUUAAUUUUAAAUAUGAUGAUAAUAUGUUAAAAUGGCAAAGAGUAUGUAGAGGUAGAUAUGUUGAAUUCAACCUGUUAUACGAUAGAGGUACCAAGUUUGGUAUUGAAUUAAAUAGAUAUAAAAUUUAUAGACGUAAAAAAAAACAAAAAAAACUAGAAAAUUAUUCUUCUACAAAUUUUAUAAAAGAUGAAAUCUUUGAUGAACAAGUAUCUGAUUACCUAUCAGAUGAACAUGAAAAAAUAGAUAACGUCUUUUCUUCAUUACCUUUAAAAUGUGAUUUCCAAUAUAAAUAUAAAAUUGAAAAAUAUUCAAGAGAAUAUGAAACCCUAGAAAUAUUAAAGUAUCCCAAAAAGUGGGUAGACUACUAA